AUGGGUAGAAAGAAGAAGAAGGCAUCCAAACCCUGGUGCUGGUAUUGUAAUAGGGAAUUUGACGAUGAAAAGAUUCUGAUUCAACACCAAAAGGCAAAGCAUUUUAAAUGUCAUAUAUGUCACAAGAAAUUGUACACGGGACCCGGACUGUCAAUACACUGUAUGCAGGUUCACAAAGAAGCCAUAGACAAAGUUCCAAAUUCAUUACCAAAUAGGUCAAAUAUAGAAAUAGAAAUAUAUGGAAUGGAAGGUAUACCCCCAGAAGAUGUAAAGGAGCAUGAGAAACAAAAGACAGGUGGGGGGAAAGGUUCAGACAGUGAUGACGAUGAGCCUGCGGCAAAGAAAAAAGCAACUCCUGCACUGUUGGGUCCCGGGCCAUCAACAGUGACACCUGGCAUUCUGCCGACUCCCAUGGGACCUGUUCCGCCUGGGAUGUACCAUGCACCCAUGCAAAUGAAUCCUAUGAUGCAGCACUUUAUGCAGGCACCUAGAAUGAUGAUGCCCGGUAUGAGGCCACUGUUCCCAGCGGCGAGUGUGCCCACGUCACAGCCGAGCAAACCUACUUUCCCGGCAUACAGUAACGCAACAAUAAGUGCACCACCGACCACUUCGAGCUCAGAUCCAAAAGAAAAUGGCGACGUGAAGCCUCCAGCCGCGAAUGCGUGUCCGCUCGUCACUGCCACCGGUGCGGGCUCCAAAAUAAUACACCCGCCCGAAGAUGUAUCAUUAGAAGAGAUACGGGCUAGGAAUAUAAAGUAUAGACCAAAACCUAAACCAGAUGCACCCGUCACUCCAGCACCACCCACUAUGAUCACACCGAGUACGAGUCAAGCUGAGGUGGCGGCGCACAUGUCGGCGGCGGUGGCGGCGGCGCGGCAGAUGCGGCGGCCGAUGAUGCAGCAGGUGGUGCUGCCGCAGGUGCGCGUGGGCGUGCCGGUGUCGGUGCCGCCCGUCAUGGGCAUGCUGCCCGUCAUGCCGCAGUUCAACCUCAUGAGGCCCCUGCAGCCCGGGAUGCUGCUGCCGGGCGGGAUGGGCGGGAUGAGCGGCAUGGGCGGGAUGGGCGGGAUGGGCGGCGUGAUGCCGGUGGGCAUGUUCCCGGGCGGCAUGGGGUUGCCCGUGAUGCAGCCGCGCUACCGG